AUGGAGCGUCCUUCGACUGCCCAAACUUCCAGAACUGCUAAAAGUUCUGGCGGACAACCUACACCAAGACCGCUUCCUCGAGACAAAUUAACUGUGGAGCAAAUGUUCGACAGUAAAUCGAUUCCCAAAUUGGAAAAACUCAGAACCCAUUUGAAAAAUGAAGGUCGAUUACAUGACAAAUGUGUAGUGAAAAUUUUGCAAAUGACGCGAAGAAUUUUGCAAAAAGAGGAAACUGUUCUGCAAAUUGCGUCGCCUGUUACUAUAUGCGGGGAUAUCCAUGGCCAGUUUUACGAUUUGUUACGGCUCUUUGAAAUCGGAGGACCCGUUGGCCAUGUUGACGGUACUAGUCAGUACUUGUUUUUGGGCGAUUAUUGUGACAGGGGCAUGUUUGGAAUAGAAUGCGUGCUAUUACUUUUUAGUCUAAAGAUUGCCUAUCCAAAAAGAAUUUAUCUCCUUAGAGGAAACCAUGAAUGUCGUCAUCUAACAGACUAUUUCACCUUCAAGAAGGAGUGCAUUGUAAAAUACUCUGACUCAGUGUACAAUGAAGUAAUGAAUACAUUCGAUGCUUUGCCUCUGGCUGCAAUUGUGAACAAACAGUUCUUCUGUUGUCACGGGGGUCUAUCUCCUAGAUUCAAAACGAUAGAGGACGUCAGAGGCAUCAACAGAUUCCAGGAGCACAACAGAAAAGGUGAUGCAAUGACCGACUUGCUCUGGUCGGACCCCUGCAAAAACUACGGGGUUCAAGGGGCCGAAUCUAAAGACGGCGAAUACUUUUUGCACAACGACGCCCGAAGAAUAUCAUACUACUACACAUACAAAGCAGUGUGUGAAUUCCUAGAAGCCAACAAUCUCCUCUCGAUUAUAAGAGGCCACGAAGCCAAAGACGCCGGGUACGAAAUGUACAAACGAAGUCACAGAUCUAAAUUCCCUUCUUUAAUUACAAUUUUCUCCGCGCCCAACUAUUGUGACAGUUACAACAACAAGGCUGUUAUUUUGUGCUACGACAAAGGUCAAUUGAAUAUCAAGACAUUCACAGAGUCAUAUCAUCCGUAUUGGCUACCAAACUUCCAGAAUGGAUUAUCGUGGUCGCUUCCAUUCGCCGCUAAAAUGAUCACAAAUAUUUUAUUCACCAUCAUCCAAGUUUGCACAGAAGAAGAGCUCUCAAAAGUUGAUUCAAACGUCUCCGAAACGAAGCACCAAAACAACAACAAAAUGCUCCUGGACAAAGUCAAGGCGGUUGGCAAGAUGCAAAAAUAUUACGACCAAAUUGCAGAAAAUAACGACUUGGCUCUCAAACUCAAGGGAUUAGCGGAAGGCCAGAAAAAGCAGCUUUCAGAGGCUGAAGAAAAAGCUCUGAUGGACGAAGGUCAUCUAGACUUUAAGCAAGCAAAGAAGAUAGACUCUGACAACGAGCAGAUGCCGGCGAAGCGCAAGCGCUCUCGCAGAAGACGAUCCGUAUCUACGGGCAAUGCGUCAACAAGUGCUGGCGAAACCUAG